AUGCGGCAACUGUUGCUGAUCUGUGCGCUGGCCUGUGCGGCGGCCGGCGGUGUGUUCGGUGCGUCGUUAACGCGGACCGGCCGUGAGGACGCGGUUCCGGUGCUGGCCGCCGACCCGCUGCCGCUGAAGGCCGACGCCGAGAUUCCGGUGGCCGUGGCCGAGGAGAAGGUGGUGCUGGCGGAGCCGGUGCAGGCGGCCGAACCCGUGGCCACCGUCGUGGCCGUCGAAGCGCUGGCCGAUCCGGCCGUCCCGGAGAGCGAGGUGGUGCGAGCCGUCGAGGAGGCGGUGGUGGCCGCCGAGCAGCCCGCCGCCCAGCUGAAGGCUGUCGCCGUGGCCGAGGAGCCCGUGGCCGUUGUGCUGGAGAGCGAACCGAAGCCAGCCGAACCCGUCGUCGCCGUUCUGGCCGAGAGUGUGCCCGCCGCCGUCGAGUCGCUGCGCAGUGUCGAGCCAGCGCAGGAAGUGGCCGAACCCGUGGCCGUCGUCGCCGUCGUCCCCCAGGAAGCUCAGGAAGCGGCCGAGGUGGUUGCCGAGCCGGUCGAAGCGCUGCGCAGCGUUGAGUUGCCCGUCGAAGCCGCGCCCGUCGAGGAAGCCCAACCCGUCGCCACCGUAAAGACCGUCCCGGAGGUGCUGCUGGAGGUGAAGGCGGCCGAAGAGAGUGCUGCCCCGGCGGACGUGCCCGCCGUGAAGGACGUCGAGGUGGCGCCCGUCGAGUCGCUGAAGUCGGUCGAACCGGUCGUCGAGGUGGCCGAGCCCGUCGCCGUCGUGGUCGAGUCGCUGGCGACGAAGGAGGAGGAGGAACCGAAAAAAGAGGUAACCCUGGCCCAGGUAAAGUCCGCGGCGCUUCCGGUCGAGGAGAAGGAACCCGUCGCCGUCGCGGAGGAAACUGUUGCCGCUGUCGUGGCCGCCGAGCCGGAGAAGGUCGCCCCGGUUGAGUCGCUCCGAUCGGCCCUUCCCGAGCCAGUUCCCGCCCCCAAGUCCGAACCCGCCGUUGUCGCCGCCGAGCAGGUCGAAGAGAAGGUGGUCGCCGAGGUGGCGAAGCCUGCCGUGGCCGAGGAGAAAGUGGUGCCGGCGGUCGAAUCGCUCCGAUCCGUUGCCCCGGUCGUGCCGGUUGAGGAGCCGGUGCCGGUGGCGGUGGCCGAGAAGGUAGCGGAGGCACCGGUAGCCGAGGUCGAGAAGGUGGUGCCGGCGGUGGAAUCGCUCCGUCAGGCCGCACCCGUCGAAGCCGUCAACGAGCCGGCCGUCGUCGUCGUCAGCGAGGAGAAGGAGGAGGAGAAGAAGACUGAGGACGUGGUGGCGCCCGCCGUCAAGAGUGUCCCGACGGUCCCGGAACCGGUGGUCGAGAACGUCGAGAAGCAGGAAGCGCCGGAGACGGUGGCUGCGGCCGAGGAACCGGCUGCGGCGCUCAAGUCGGUGGUGCCGAUCGCCGAGGACCUGGCGCCCGUCAAGGAGGUGGAGGCCGAGCCGCACCAGGCGCUGCGCGGAAACGAGGUACGCCAGGAGCCGGCCAGCUCCUCGACCACCACCCGUCCCAAUCUCCUCCAGCAGAUCAUUCAACCCGUCAACAACUUCAUCCAAGGUACACCCCUCGGCCAGGUCCUGAACCGCCCGUCGAGUGCCCCGGCCGCCGCCGCCCCCGCGGCCGCUCCAGCCGCUGAGGCCGGAGCCGAGCCCGCCCAGGACGAACCGGCCGCUGCCACCACCGCCGCCCCCAAUCUCGUCCAGCAGCUAGCCCAGAACGUGCAGAACUUUUUCAACCCGAACGCCGCCAACGCGAACGCCGCCGAGGCCGAGUCCACCACCCGGCCCAACAUCAUCCAGCAGGUCCAGAACGCGGUCGGGUCGGUCUUCAACCGGCCGGCCACCAACUCCGAGCAGCAGCAGCAGCAGCAGCAGCCGCUCAACCCAAUCCAGAACAUCGUCCAGGGCGUCCAGAACCUCUUCCGGCCAAGCACGGCCAGCCCGGCGGCCCAGUCGGAGGGGGCCACCGCUGCGCCCGCCAGCGACACCGGCGUCCAGCAGGAAGCCGAGUCCGCCUAAUCCGCCGUAGCCUUUAAGACACAGACGCACACACACACAUACACACAUGCUCCA